AGCUGCUGACGCAUCGACACCUGACUACAGAAGACUUGCGGUGACUCGCAGCUGGCAAUCAAUUCACCUGAUUCGAUUAGUCGAUCAGUGAAUGCGGACAAGUCGAUAACAAAACAUGACACUGUCCCUUUUCCCGUUCUCCAUCAACGACAUCCUCAGUAGAGGACUGGAGGCGCGGGAGAACCUUAAGAAGGGCACUACGGCAGAAGCGUCAAGGCAACCCACCUGCAACGCCGCAGAGAGGGAGGCCGUGGGACGGGGUAAAGCCCGGGAUCAGUGCAGGACGGUCCCGGCGGAGCUGCCUCGUGCAGAGGUGUGCGGAGAGGGAGGCGACGCGCCUGGUCCCGGGUUGACUACUGCUGGGAUUUAUACAUCUGAGAGCUACUGUGGAAACUUCCCACGCUGGGGAGCCAAACACACUUCACUCAAAGAAGAGAGGGAAGAAGAACGAAUGCACUGUUCGAAGCACGACAAUAAAGACGACGACGGCGGCGGCGAUAGGUUCAAAUUCGAGACCAAGGAUUCGCAGCCCGGGUCCGGCAGCAAGAAGCGCUCCCGGGCGGCCUUCUCCCACGCGCAGGUGUACGAGCUGGAGCGGCGCUUCAGGGUGCAGAAGUACCUGUCCGGCCCGGAGCGCGUCGACCUGGCCGCGGCGCUCACACUAACCGAGACGCAGGUCAAGAUCUGGUUCCAGAACCGGAGGUACAAAACCAAACGACGUCAGCUGCUGUUGUCGACGGGGCUGGCCCCGUCCAGCCCCCGCCCGGGCCUGCUGGGGAAGAAGGUGGCCGUCAAGGUGCUGGUGAGGGACAGCCAGAGACAGUACCCGGGGGGGUUCCCCGCUGUGCCGCUGUAUUCCACGCACCAGUACAGCCCCUACCUCCACUGUUUCCACACGUGGCUGCCGGGCAGUAGGCCUGCUCUGCUGCGGGGGAAUUGGCCCACGGAGGCAUACAUUUACAAAGGAUUGGGUGGAGAAGACUUUGGUGUUAAAGACAUUAGUACGAAUGGGCAACAAUGAGACACGAGCGGACGUAUUGAGUUGUUGUUCCAAACGACGCACCGGCUGCUCAUGUUUUGUCCUUCACGAAAGUUACAUGUUUUAUGAUUGAUUCCCUAUUUCACGAUUUUUAGAUUAAUAUAAUGAAACAAGCACCUCAACCUCAUUAUGAUUUGUGAUAUGACUUAUCAUUUAAAACCGUUGCUCUUUUCAGGACAGCUGAGGUAGAUCCUUUUUUUUUUUUUUACUUUUUAUGUGAAAUGUUCUUAUUGAAUUGGAACAAUUUAAUAUUCUCUUAUUUACAAUGAGAGAGUUUGUUUAUCUAAUAAGUGGAAUUUACGUUAGUCACCCCAACGGUUGACUUUUGAUUACGCAUUUCGAUUACAGUGUAGCCUUAAGCACAAAUAAAGGAAGGGCUUUCUGUUCAUCUUGAGGCAUUGCUAAAAAUAUGUAUAUCCCUUGAUUUCCCCGUGUAAACUGCUUUUAUUGUGCUGCAGGCCUACUUAAAGAGCACCGGAGUUUUUCAGUUGUAUCUGUAAGCUACAUGAACCAAACCAUCCGUUAAUUUAAAUACAAGUGACAUAGGCCUACAUACUCUGAGUCAAUUAUAAAUGGUAUGCCCUAGAAGAAUGGAAAUUGUUAACAAAGACUAUUUAUUAA